AUAUAUAACUUAUUUAAAUAAUGAUAGAGAAAGAAGAGGGCCAAUGGGGAGGAUUUGACCCGAGUAGAUAUGUUCUUGUUGACACAUAUAGGCAAGAAUGGGAUGCCUGUGGAUGAGGACUCAGCAAGAGCAAUGGAACAAUUAAAUGAACGAACUUCGCAGCAGCCAGAGGCUUCACAGAACAACACUGCGAGGAAAGAUAUAUUCUCGGAAGUCAUGGGUGACGAACGUCAUGGCCGUGUCCACACUUACGGGUUAGGUCCCUCUCCUUUUGAUAUAUGGGGCACAACAUCCCAUAGUGUCCAGUCCCAAGGGAUGGCCUCCAAUGCUCAGAAGAGAGAUGAACAAUAUGAGGGAUUACAUGCUGAAAUAUCUUCCCUAAGAGAAACUAUGGCUGAUAGAGAUGCUCAAAUAUCUUCACUAAGGGAAACUAUGACAACAUUGAUGGUUGCCAUAACGAAUCCAAGCAUUAAUCUAGCUACAUUAUUAGGUGUUUCAGCUAAUCCCAACUUGAACCAACCCUCCUCAUCAUCAAGCCACUUAGUUCCAACCCCUCAGGUAAUUAUAAUAUAUACAUGUAUAUUUUUACGUGUAAUAUGUUUUCAAUUAUAAAUAGUUCAAGCUGUAUACGAUGAUUGACAUUGAUUUAUCAUUUGUA